CUGCUCACAAACUAGUCUGGUAAGUUAUGGCAUGACAUGAAUCAGUAACCUGCUGAGCAAUUAGAGUUAAUGCUUGGAGCAGCCUUUGUCCCAGAACAGCAACAAAAUUGUACCAAGCUUCCAGACUCUGAAGGGAUGAAACCAGAAAAAUUAUUCGGAAAGCAAAGGUAACUUGUGUGAAUCUCUCAUCUGAGCAAUGCAAGAAAAGCAAAUAGGGAAAGGGAAGGUGCAAGGGCACUAAAGCCACUUGCUAGUCGGGUGAAGAUGUGAGUGAUUUCAGAGAAAGUCUCCCAUGCCGUCGGUGUCAGGGACCAGAGAUGAACACUUUGCUUCUGCCCUUUUUGAAUCUGGAGCUGCUGUUUGUUGCAGGGGCAUCUGCUAACUUAUUCAUUGAACCCAAGGAAGGCAGCCUUGCUGGAGGGACAUGGAUCACCCUGACCUUGGAGGGUCUGACAUCUCCCCAGGUGCAGUUCAUAUACUCCACCAAUGGGCCUUGGCUGGAAGUGUCACUAGUGAAUCCCGUUCUGCCUCCAGUCCGGUGUGAUGUCCAUCCGGUAUAUUUCGAUUUAUCCAUCAUCAGAUGCAAAACGAGGUCCUCUCCACAGGAAGGGCUGUACCAGCUGGAGGUGACUGCAAAUGGGCAGGUGAUAAGCAACCUGAGCGGGGUGCUUUGUGACAACUGCACUUUCAAGUUUGCUGCUGCACAGACACCUGUGGUUUACCAAAUUAAUCCACCAUCUGGAGUCCCAGGAAAUGUGAUACAAGUCAGUGGACAUAUCAUUGCUGGAAGAUACGAAAGCAUUGACUUUAAGAUUGACUAUAUUGAUGGCCCUGUUAUCCUCGAGGCGGAAGGAGACGGAUGGAUCAGCCUUUGUUCUUUUGCCAACAGGCGAACUAGAAGCAUCUACCCCAUUCAGAUGGAUCGUGGAACAGGGACCUUACAGUGCCGUGUAGAAGGCAACUAUAUCGGUUCGCAGAACGUUAGCUUUUCAGUGUUUAACAAAGGAAAGUCGAUGGUACACAAGGAUGCUUGGCUCAUCAGUGCCAAACAGGAGCUUUUCAUGUAUCAAACAUACUCAGAGAUAGUAUCUGUGUUUCCAGUAUUGGGAAGUCUGGGAGGAGGAAGUGAUCUCACGAUCACAGGAGACUUCUUUGAUCAGCCUGUGCAGGUCACCGUUGCAGGCGUUCUCUGUGAAAUCAAGCACCAUUCCCCCCAGAAGAUUAGCUGCGUCACUGGAUGCAUGGAUGAGACCAGAAGACUUACCGCACCCCAAGCAGGAAACAGAGGGCUUCUCUUUGAAGUCUGGGAUGGUGCAGCAGGCACUAAUUUAACUGAAGCAGCCCUUGGGUAUAGAUGGCAGAUUGUUCCUAAUGCCAGCACUCCAGAAGGGUUUUUGUCUCCAGAACAGCAGUCCUUCAGGUCACGACUACGUGGAUUCUUUGUGGCACCGGAGACCAAUAAUUAUACCUUCUGGAUUCAGGCAGAUGGCAGGGCUUCCUUGCACCUAAGCUUGUCAGAAGACCCAGCGCAAAAGUCUGAGCACUGGGAGCAGAACUGGAACAAGAGCUGGCAGCCCAAAUCCCAGAAACUUGAGCUGCUGGGUGGCUCAAAGUACUACCUGGAAGCGUGGCAUCAUGGGAAGGCACCCAGCAGCGGAAUGCGAGUUGGGGUGCAGUUGCACAACACCUGGCUAAACCCAGACGUGGUGAAUACCUACCUCCGAGAAAGGCACGAAAUCCGGGCCACUGCUCACCGGCUUCCAGAGAUACAGAUGCUGACUUUGUCUGGUACUGGAUGGUUCCAUAUUUCCUGGGACAAUGUGUCCAGUGACCUGUUGGCCACAAAUGUCACAGCUGCUCAGGUCCAAACAGCGAUAGAGGAGCUUCUUUCAGUGAAAUGUGAAAUGAAGCCGUUAUCUGCUAAAUUCCUUCUCUGGAAAGGCUUUGAGGAAGGCCAGGACGUCUCUGCCACUGAGGGACAUGUUGUCAGCUGGACAGAACCCUUUUGUGGAAGGUUCAGUGUUUAUCAGCCAAAACAUCUCGUAAAAAUGUCUCUCUCAACCUUACCGAGAUACGACCUCACGGAGUACACACAUGUGUGCUUUGCAUAUAAAGGUAAUGUGAGCAAUACCCUUUAUGUUUCGGUGUCCUAUGUCAACGCCUUUCUGAAUACAAUGCAGAAGAAUUUUACUUGCCAGUGGAGUUUGAAUGAAACCACUCCUGAAAGGUGGAAGUUCAUGUGUGCUGACCUCUGGAGAGGCUGUCUCAAUGGCUCCGAAUCCCUCUGGGAUCUUGAAGCCAACUCCCCAGUGUUUGUGCAUCAGAUCGACAUGCUGAUCCCUGAGAGAGGCGAGGAGACAGCCAGCUCAUUUUACCUCGAUGAAAUUAUCAUUGCGGACAGGAAUGUAGCCGUUUUUCAAAGGGAUCCCAGACCAGCUCGUCCAGGUGGGAAUGUUAUCCAAGAAGUGUGUGUGAUGGGGUCACCGCCCACCUUCAAUGUUUCGUUGCUAGUGGCUGGCUGUGGCAGCGAUCUCCCUCUUCUGUCACUGAGCAGGGGAGCGGGCUCAGAAGAUGACGAUGACCUGGCGGUGUCCACAGAAGGUGCAAGUGUCACUCUGACAGUUCAGAGACUGCAAGUGGCAUCCCCACCUCUUGGUGGGACCUUCCGGAUCUUGCUGCCCAGUAGAGUGAUACCAGGUAUCCCCGUGAACAUCUCCUCCUAUCGCCUCCGCGAGCUCCUGCAAAGCAACCCGGAGAACACCACACACCAGUACUUCCACACCAGUGACUUCACUGUGACCAAGGACGUGAGCACUUGUCACCAAAACGUGUGGACGCUGACUUGGAAUUCCAUGACCGGUGACUUGCCGAUUGUUAUCAAUGUCUCUGCUGAAAACCUCACAGGACUUAACCCAGCCAUUGCAGCACGUGUAGUUUAUGAUGGCGGUGUGUUUAUUGGACCAAUAUUUGGGGACAUGCUAGCUACUGCUAAUAACCACACGCAGGUGGUGGUGGUGGUGAAUGAUAUCCCAGCUCACUGCUCUGGUUCGUGUACCUUUCAUUAUUCUCAGGAAGUGACCCCUUUAGUCAGUCACGUGGAGUAUUCACUAGCUGACGGACUCCACACCAGAGUUUCUAUCACAGGCUCAGGCUUUGCUGAGGACAGCCACGCCUUGCAGAUAGAGGUGAACCACACAACCUGCCAAGUCGUGACUUCGAAUCAAACGGGUAUAGUUUGCUGGAUGCAUGUCUUACCAAUGGGACUGUACCAGGUUACAUUACUGGUGAGACCUUAUGGGUUUGCUCGCAAUGCCACCAAUGGGCCGGCCAUCUACCUGAGGGUGAAGCCCACGCUGGAAGCUAUUGAACCUCCAACUGUUUCAGAGAUUGGGAGGUGCCCAGUGAUCCUCCGAGGUGCUGGAUUUGACGGGAUAAACCUGGUGCUGUUUGGAUCUCAGCCUUGUCCAAUUAACACCAGCACCAGCAACUCAAUGAGGAUUGAAUGUGAGGUACCCUCUAGGGGGGAUGAAGAAUAUAGUGUCCCUGUGACACUAACCGCUGGUUCACAGUCUGCCGUGUUCCCCUUGGCCUUCAAGUAUGAACCAUCUUUAAAUCCAGCUGUUGUAUUGCUGAGCAGAAACAGAAGCAGCGUAGCAGGGCAUCUGCUACUCCAGAUUGGAAUCUCAUCAUUUGCAAAUUAUAAUGACGUGGAUGUACAGGUCAUAAUUGGGGACACUGUGGCCCAGAUCCAAGCACAAACAAUUGAUGGUGUCGAUGUCAUACUGCCUGCCCUGGCAGAAGGAUGGUACAACAUUUCUGUCAUCAUCAAUGGCAUUGUAAUCGGCUCACGUGGAGUUGAUCUAUUCAUCCAGUACGUCACUGAGGUCGUCAGUAUAGAACCCUGCUGUGGGUCCGUUCUGGGUGGAACAACCCUCACGAUCUCUGGGAAAGGCUUUAGCCAAAACCCUUCCCUGAUUGCAGUCUUGAUAGGCACCGAAACCUGUCAUGUUAUCCGCUUAAUGGAAGAGACAAUAUUGUGCCAGAGCCAGGCUGCUAAAUUCUUGAAUGGAGAGUCCCAGGACAUCUCUGCACACGUGGAAGUGUUAAUUGGCAAUAGAUCUUCACUGCUUCCCUCCUGGACCUUUCCAAAGAAGAAUGUCACCUUUACUUAUCAGAUGGCUUUGACUCCAGUGGUUACCUCCGUGGAAGCAGAAAUGACAGACAACAGCCUGCGUCUGGCCAUAGGUGGAAUAAAUGCAACGGGUGCAGUUGCUGAACUUGGAGACUCUGAAUGUGAGCUGGAGUUUCAAUACGCCAAUGGAUCUACAGUCCUUUCUCAGUGCUCUUUCCCAUGGAGCACUCUGGAACCUGGGAUCUAUCCCAUCAGGGUUCUCCAGAAGCAAGUGGGCUAUGCCAAUGUGACAGCAGCCCUGCGGAACUUGACAUUAGCCCCACAGGUAAAGGCCAUAAGUCCAUCACAUGGCUCAGCUUGUGGUGGUCUGUUGCUCACCAUAUCCGGCCUUGCUCUGAAAUCUGGGAGGAAUUCGGUUCACGUGAGCCUGACGGGGAACUAUACUUGUGAGGUCCAUAGUGUGGCUUACAACCUUAUCAGCUGUGCUUUUCUUCCAAGGGGACCUCCUCUGGGUGACUGGUGGCUUCCUGACGCAUCUCAAGCCCUUAACAUUACCGUGACUGUAAACGGAAUCCCCAGCAUCUGCAUAGGAGACUGCACACUCCACCUUCUCGAACAGGGGACCCCACGAGUCGAUGCUGUGGACUGGGAGAUCAAUGGGACGCUGGUGUCUCUGUUGAUCAGAGGCCAGAGAUUAGCUUUGGCAACUGACGAGCUUGUGAUUCUAGUGGAUAAUCAUGCCCCUUGUAAUGUAACUUUCUGGAAGGAGACCAGCCUACAGUGCCAGACAGACAGCCUUUCCCCAGGGGAGCACAGCCUUUCUGUGUCCAACAGGAGAAGUGGGCAUGCUUGCUUCAGCAGGGGCUCGCAUAUCUUCACCAUCAUGCCUUGUGUGCUCAAAUUUUACCCCCACAAUUUCAGUAUCAACGGUGGAGGCCUUCUUACCAUACAAGGGACAGCACUGCAAGGAAGGAGCAACACUUCUGUUCUUGUUGGGAACCAGCCCUGCCUCAUUACAGAUGCCAGCUAUGUGGUUCUCCGGUGCAUCGUCCCUUUUGGCAAUGGUGCCCAGGUGUUAGCUCUAGGAAUAGAUGGCAUCUCUUACCAGCUGGGUGAAAUAAGCUACAGUGAAGAGUUCACCCCUGUUUUCCUUUUCCUUCCAUCUCCGGUGGGUCUGCUUUUAACAGUGACUGUGUCACGGAUCACAGGGGUGGAGAACAUGCAUAUUACCAUUGGGGAUUCCCCCUGCACCAGUAUCACUGGCAAUCGCACCACUUUGCAGUGCUUAGCUCCCCGGCUUCCUGCUGGAGAAUACCAAGUCCUCGGAGGCGACUUCCUUCGGGGCAGGGCUUCAUCAAACUUGACGUUCAGCUCUCAGCUUGCUGUCACGUCCACACACUAUAACUGGGGUGGCCUGGGUGGAGGGGCAAUGCAGGUGCAUGGCACUGGGUUUGCUCCAGGAAACACCUCUGUGACCGUCUGUGGCGCUCCCUGUGAAGUGCUGGGUGACAUGACGACGACUGAUGUGAGCUGCCUUGCCCCACUCUUGGACGCAUCCUUAGCUGUCCUCUGUGCUCUGACCCACCUUUCAGAAGACUGCAAAGAAGCUGGGGCCACAUACAUCCAGUGUGAUAUCCAUAUCACAGCAGGGGCGUACAGCCUAGCUGGAGUCAUGUCUUACCUAUAUCUGUGCGAUGACAACUCUCUGGAUAACAAGACAAAGGGCAACUCAUCCCAGGCACAUUUUGCUGGCCUCUUUUUAAGCCCUAAAGUGGAAAGAGAUGAAGUUCUCAUCUAUAAUAGCUCCUGUAACAUUACCAUGGAAACUGAGGCAGAGAUGGAGUGUGAGGGAGCUAAUCAGCCAAUUACCGCCAAGAUUACUGAGAUACGGAAAAACUGGGGCCAGAACACUCAGAAGCGCCUUCCUCUCCAAUUCUGUGGACGAUGGUCCAAAAACUCCAGCUGGCUUGAUGGGCACCUGCCACAAGAUGGCGAUAAUGUCACGGUAGAAAGAGGCCAGACCUUGCUGGUGGAUACCACCACUGGCAUCCUCAACUUUCUGCAUGUCAAAGGUGGUAAGCUCUUGUUGGCAGGCCCUGGACCCAUAGAAAUCCAUGCUCAUUAUAUUCUGGUAUCUGAUGGCGGUGAAUUCCAGGUGGGAUCCCGUGAUAAGCCUCUCCGGGACAAAGCACACAUCAUUCUCUAUGGGAGCUUUCGUUCUGCAACCUUCUUUCCAUAUGGGGCCAAAUUCCUGGCUGUGAGGAACGGGACCAUUUCCAUGCAUGGCUGGGUACCAGAAAUAGUGUUCACCCACCUGAAGUCAGCAGCUUGCAUUAAUGACACUAAGUUAGACCUAGAGGAGCCUGUAAACUGGCAGCCUGGAGAUGAAGUUAUUGUGAGUGGAACCGGUCCUGGAGAUAUGCAUAGGCAGGAGGAAAUAGUCACAGUCAAGGCGGUGAACAACACUGAAAUUUACCUUGGAUCACCUCUGAGGUACCCUCACAGUGGUGGAGAGGAGUGGGUGCAUGGACGGCGCCUUGCUUCGAAUGCUGUAGUGGCAUUGCUUAGCCGGAGAAUUGUUGUCCGAGGGAACAUCACUGGUGAGAGGGUGUCUCACCUAAGGAAAUGUGCUGAAGCAGGUGUAACCGGAGAUGCCUCAGUCUGCCUGUACAAGAGGAGUGAGAGGAUGGUAGGAUCCCGGGAUAUGGGGGCUGUUGUCAUUGCUCAGGCUUUCCAGGGGGAGGACAGUCACGUCCGUUUGGAAGGCGUUCAAUUCCAGCACAUGGGCCAAGCGUUCAAGCAGCAUCAGAGUGCACUGACCAUUGCCGGGGAUGCCCGUAUGACUGAUUCUUACAUUCAUGGUUGUUCUGUGUGGGAUUCCUUAGGCCGAGGACUCAGUCUGCUUCGGACCUCAGAGCUAAGAGUGGACAACAAUGUUUUCUAUAACAUUUUAGGUCAUGGGAUUCUACUGGGAGGAUGGUUGGAACAGGGGAAUAGAGUCAGGCACAACAUGGUGAUUGGUCUUUCUGGAACAGAUGGACUUUCCAACAUUGAAACAUUGUCACCAGCAGGGAUCUACAUUAGGGCUCCUGCUAACGAGAUAGAGGGUAACACGGUUUGUGCUGCUGGUUAUGGCUAUUUCUUUCAUCUCCAUCCUGAGGGGCCGUCACAAACUGCUCUUCUGUCCUUCAGUGAGAACACAGCCCAUUCCUGCACAAGGUAUGGCCUCCUGGUAUAUCCAGAGUAUCAGCCAAAACGUGUACAUGGCCUGGGCCCUGUUCUGCUCCAGGGCUUCAGAGCUUGGAGAAAUCAAGGCGGGGCUCAGAUUUUUAGCAGCAGCAACCUGGAACUCCGAAAUUUCCACGUCUAUGCUUGCAAGGAUUUUGGAAUUGACAUCGUAGAAAGCCUUGGAAACAGCUCUGUUGUGAACAGCUUCUUACUUGGACACCUUGGUCAAAAGGAUGGUAGCUGCAUGUCAGCAGGGCUGAAAACUCCCAAGAGGCACGAGCUGUUGGUUUCUAAUACAACUUUCAUGAACUUCGAUAUUAGCACUUGUACUGCAAUCAGCACCUGCUCUGGCUGUCACCAAGGUCAGGGUGGAUUUACUGUGAGAGCUGAACAGUUGGCAUUCCUCAAUUCACCCAACCAAGUGUCAUUUCCGUUUCCUCAUUCGGCCAUCCUCAAAGAUCUGGAUGGUUCCAUCACUGGACAGGAAGGAAGUCACCUUCUUGCAUCUAUGGAUACACUUGCAGCUUCCUGUGUGGCCAGUGCUAACGUCAGUCACACUGCCAGGGGUAGUGUUUGUGGAAGAGAUGUUAUUUUUCACCGGAUGUCUAUUGGUUUGAAAGAGGCUCCAGACUUUCCUUAUAAUUUAACGGUGACUGACAGUAAGAAUAAGACAACCACAGUCCAUUACGUCUCUGAUACUUUAUCAAACCUGCAUGGUUGGAUGGCUCUGCUCUUGGACCAGGAGACUUAUACUCUGACUUUUGGUAACAAUUUGGUCAGCAAACAACUGCAGUACUCGGCUACAUUCAGUAACUUUAUUGCUGGGAAUUACUUACUGGUGGAACAUGCGAAUCUCCCAUCCUAUGUUGAAGUCAUGGUGUCCUGCGGGAUAAGACCUGGUCAGCCACUCCAGUCACUUCCUUCACACCAUGAUAACAAGGGCUGUGACUGGUUUUUCAACAGCAAAUUGGGCAAGCUAACCUAUUUAGUUACAGGUGAAGACCUAAUCCAAGUAACACUUAAAGAGGAAGAUAAAGUCCCUCUACCUGUACCAGCUCCAGUUUCUCCUCCAGACAUCAUGUUGAAAUGGUCAUUCCCUGAAUCAUGGAGUGGCGUGAGACAAGGCUGGGGUGGAUACAACCACAGCAUUCCAGCCCCAGGGGAGGAUGUCAUCAUCUUACCUAACAGGACCAUCUUGGUGGAUACAACUCUUCCUCCUCUGAGAGGCCUCUAUGUGCUGGGGACUCUGGAAUUCCCAGUCAACUCCAGCAAUGUCCUUAGUGCCACUUGUAUAGUGGUUGCAGGCGGUGAACUGAAAGUUGGCACUUUGCAACAUCCCCUAGAAACAGGAGUGAAGCUAUUGAUCCUUCUUCGAGCAUCUGAGGGAGUAUAUUGUGAUCGUUUGGAUGGAAUUAGUGUUCGCCCUGGAACUAUCGGGGUUUAUGGGAAGGUGCAGAUUCAUAGUGCUUAUCCUACGAAAUCCUGGACACAUCUUGGAAGUGACAUUGCACCUGGUAAUGAAAGAAUUUGGGUCGAGGAUGAAGUGGACUGGAGUCCUGGUGGAAAUAUUGUCAUCAGUUCCUCCUCGUAUGAUGCUCAUCAAGCUGAGGUAGUCACACUUAAAGAAAUAAAUGGUCGCAGCAUUAAAUUCCAGGAACGUCUUCUCCACAGGCAUAUUGGGCGUUCCCAUAGCAUAGAUGAUGGCAGGCGUGUUCCUUUGGCUGCUGAGGUUGGACUUCUAACACGCAACGUGCAGAUUAAGUCGGACACAGCUUGCUCUGGGAGGCUUCUAGUGGGACGCUUUGGAAAUACCGGCGGAAGAGAAUUUGCAGGUGUCCUUCAACUCUCAAACGUUGAAAUGCUGAACUUUGGGCCAUCACAGCUCCCUGCCAUUGACUUUAGUAAUGUAUUCUAUGAAUCCUCAGUAUUCUCUUCCAGCAUUCACCAAAGCUGCGGAAGCGGCAUUCAAGCAGUGGCAAGCAGUGGAAUCUCAUUGUGGGACAACGUGGUAUUCAACACGAUUGGCCCUGGCAUUGACGUGGAAGGCCAAAACCAUUCUCUCAUCAGGAACCUUAUCAUUCUGAGCAGGCAGCCAGAGGGGUUUCCAAACUGGAUCGCUGGCAUUAAAGUGAAUCGACUAGAUGGCUCUCCUCUUCUUGGCAAUGUUGUGGCAGGAUCGGAGCGUAUAGCCUUCCACAUCAGAGGGCAAGAAUGCUUCCUAGCUGGAGAAUAUUGUGCUGAAAAUGUGGCCCAUUCAAGUCUUCAUGGUGUACAUUUAUAUAGAGACGGGUUUCAAAACUGCACCAAAAUCACUGGUUUUCUGUCCUACAAGAAUUACGACUAUGGUGUGAUGUUCCAAGUGGAAAGCAGUGUAGUGAUGGAAAAUAUGAUGCUAGUGGACAAUGCUGUUGGUGUUCUGCCAGUUGUGUACAGCCCAUCUGCUGAACAGCAUCGUUUGGAGAAAAAAUACAUAGAAAUUAGGAGCUCUGUUAUUGUUGCAACAAGCUCAACUUUUGACUGCAUUAAUGACAGGAUCAAGCCCCUUUCAGCUGUCUCAACUUCUAGGGAUCGAGCUCCGUAUUACUCUCAGAGAGGUCGCAUCGGGAUUCUGUGGCCUUCAUUUAGCUCAGAACCCAGCCAGUGGCCUGAUAAUCCAUGGCACAAAACAAGAAAUUAUCCAGCAAUAUCAGGAAUCAUGAAGCUACAAGAAGUCACCUUUUCUGGUUUCACGAAGAGUUGCUAUAGCGAUGACAGAGAUGUCUGCAUCAUGUCAAAUCCUGACAGCAUGGGCAUCAUGUUCCCAAUCACAGCAGAGAGGAUGAGGAUGUCACUUGUCCAUGAGCAGAAUAAGUUCUACUUUCAUACGCUGCAAACAAGCAUCAAUGGAUCCACGGACUUUGCACCUCUUGAGAUGGGAUGCGAAGGCUCAAGAAAGGCUCUCUUCAAGGAUUUGGAUGGAAGUGCUCUGGGCUUACCGCCACCUGUGUCUGUUUUCCCAAAGUCUGAGUCUGACUGGACAGAGUCUUGUUUGCAUGCUGGCAUUUACAGAGACGACACCAAGUGCAUCUUCAAGCCCACUACACGAGGCUACUACUGCAAAGACACAGACCAUGCACUGGUGAUCCUAGAAAGUUUGGACAGUGCUACUGAGAGAAGGAGGCCAUCUUCAGUGGUGUCAGUGACCGGCAGUUUUGUGGAGGCUUUCAGCAGUGAAGUUUUGCAUGAAUCUUGCUGUCCCUCAGACCACCCACAGGCUUUCUAUUCAGUCUUGUCAUCCAACAGGCUGACAAAGGUUUGCUUCACUUGUCUAACACCUCCGACCUUAAGACUCCGCCUCAUCAGUGGUCAAAACUCUACCAGACUGCUCAUCGCCAUCUUCUACGAUGAACCACGCAGCUCUCAGGUUUUCAUCAAAGGGAAUUACAUCCCACUAGUCUCAUCUUCUUCCAGCUCUUUCUCAACUAAUGCCAUGGCAGGCACCCACUACUUCAGCUUUGAGAACAACCUUCUCUACAUCCUCCUUCAUGGAGAUGACCCCAUAGAAAUACAUACUGGCUUUUCCCUCCAUGCUGCUUUUACCAUAUCUGAGACCAUUGGAGAGGAGGGUCAAAGAAGAGUGGUCCAUCGCCUGGCUGAUUUCUUACAGAUUGGACACGAUGAUGUCCGGAUAGUUCAGAGUGCGUCAGGGAGUGAGAACACAUUAAAGGUUAUCGCAGACAAUGUCAGCAAGAGGAGUCGUCAAUGCCCUCCCGUGACAUCUUGCUCAGCCUUUUGCAAUAGGGCUGUCUGGGGAAAAACCCAGACAGGAGCAGCAAGCAUGCGGGUUCUGCAGCCAUCUCAGUCGGCUGCCCCCUUAAGAGUGCUGAUCAUUGAAAUUGGAGAGGCACCAGGCCUUUUGAGAAAUGAACAUGUCCCCUCCUGGCCAAGUGACAGGUUGAAGAGCUUGGCCAGCGCUAUAAUCAACGCUCAGCAGGUUGGGGAUCUUCAGCAAGCCCUGGAGUUACCAAUUGAUACUUUAAUGGUGACACAGUCUGCUUUGUCAUCGCCACUGGAGGGCUGUGCUGGAAGAAAUGGAAGCAGUCCAGCUCCUGGAGGUUGCUUGUAUGUGAGGCCCUAUAAUAUCUCUGUCCAGGUGCAGCCCUCAGAUGGAGAGAUGGAGAAAGAGCUUCCUGUGCAGCCACAAAUUGUUUUUUUGGAUAAGCAGGGUCGGAGAGUUGAGGCAUUAGGUCUGCCCUCAGAGCCAUGGGUCAUGACAGCCUGUCUCAAGGGCUCUUCAGAGGCUGUGUUGAAAGGGCACACCACCAUAGAGGUUCGAGAUGGAUGGGCGAGUUUUACGAACCUGGCAAUCUCCAGUUCAGGCUCAAACUGGUACCUCAUUUUCACUGUUAUUUCACCUCCAGGUGCUGACUUUACUGUCAAGUCCCGGCCAUUCACCAUCUUCCCUAUCCCCGUGGGAGAGAAAUCCAGCAUGGUCCUUGCUGCUGUGCUGGGCUCGGUGGCUUCUGUACUAGUUCUGGGUCUUCUUUUGUUCUGCUGGUCCAAGAAGAGCAAAAGUAACAAACCAAAGACUGAACUGGCUAAUGUACUACGAGCAAAGAGAAAUAUUAAAUCCUCCCAGAUCCUUCCACAGCAGCAUUCAACUUGUGUGGAUCUACACCGUGCACCAGAAGGGAACAAAAGAGACAUUCCUGGGAUGGGAGCAGAUAUGGAGGCAAAUGGAGUCCCAGGAAACACAGUGAGGGAGAGAAAGGAGUUGCACCAACAGACGAUGAAAGCUGUGUCAGUGAGGAAGAUGAGCACUGUGGAACACAAAAGGAAGAGUGGAGAGAACUCAUCAAAGGCUAGAAGACAUGACAGCAGACAUCUGUUAAAUGGAAGAACAGCUUUGUGGGGUUCUCUGGAACUUCAGCAGCAUCGUGCCAACGAGUUCUGGGACUGGAAGGACACUCGUCAGCAGCUCUUUGCUUGCACCCGUGGCCAAGAGAUAGGAGGAGGGGAACCAAUGUGUCAGAAUGGGAACAGAGAGAGGGAGGGGACAGCUGUGGUGUCUUGAGAAGAUAUGUAAAAGAAAGAAGUAUGAGCUGUGGCACAUCAACAUGAGAUAUUUUCUGUGAGGGAAUCUGUUGGAACCUGAUUCGCUGGUGUGAUCAGAAAAAAGACAUGUUAGCACUGGACAUUUGCGGACAAUUAACAGUGAAGAUAUGUUCUUAGUGGUUAAAGCAGUGAUUUUAAUAUCUAUCUAUCUAUCUAUCUA